CACCCCUAUGGUGCGGCCCUUCUCUAGACCCUGCUAAUGCGGGAUGCUUUGUGCAAGACCUCUUGUUGCAAUCUAAUAUAUUCUUUUCCCUCAAGGAUUGGUAAGUUAGUGACCAUGGGGUAAAAGAUGGUUAUUCUUUUUUCAUUUUUGGGAUAAGUAUUGCUAGUAAAGUUGCAAUCUCUUUUUGGGGGAUUUGGAGGGGCAUCUAAUUCCAACUGCUGUGGAUUACAGUAAUUGUGUAUGUUGGCUUAACUUUUGUGGCCUUAUUUUAAUGGAAUGAAAAGACACCUAGAUCAAUGUUAUGAGUCACUUUUUAACACUAGGAUAUGGAAAUGAAAGUGAUAAUUAAGGACAAUGAUGAUAUGAAGUGUCCAUGAAAACAGUAGUAGUAGAUUAAUAGGUGGAACUGACAUAUGCUUAGAUGUGGAAACUUGAACAACCAAAAAGUUUGUCUCCUAGUCUUAUUCAACAGCUGAUAAUUAAAGGUAGGUUUGGGUUUUAAAAGAAAAAAAUCCCAAUACAGUUGUAAUAAAGAAAUCAACACAUCUUGCUUUAAGAUUGGGCCAAUUAGGCAGCAACCUCCUCUCACCUUUUCACACUCCACCUUGCCCUUUCUAUAUUCCUUCUUAUGGGCAGAUCACUUGCUUGAUGUCACAGUUUUGCCUCAAUUUCAAGAAAACAAUGAUUUCCUUUCUUUGGUUAAUACUUCUAACACACAUCAGGUGGGUAAAUACAGCAGAUCUAGCAGAUGUUUCAACUUCAAAGGUCCUAAACAUAUUCAUAUUAGCCGGACAAAGCAACAUGUCCGGCCGAGGUGGUGUCAUUAACCAUGGCCAAAAUGGCCUGGCUAAUGAGACAUGGGAUGGUGUAAUUCCACCAGAAUGUCAAUCCAACUCAAACAUCCUCAGACUCAAUGCAGGACUUACAUGGGUUGAAGCUCAGGAACCACUUCACCAAGACAUAGAUUUGGGUAAAAUUUGUGGAGUUGGGCCAGGUAUGUCAUUUGCCAAUUCAGUUCUGAAGAGAGAUCCAAGUAUUGGAGUGAUUGGUUUGGUGCCUUGUGCUAUUGGAGGAACAAAUAUCAGCGAAUGGGCUCGCGGGGGUGUUCUGUAUAAUCAUAUGAUAAGGAGAACAGAAGCUGCUCUGCAAAGAGGUGGAAAACUUCAAGCUUUGUUGUGGUACCAAGGUGAGAGUGAUACAGAGACUCUUGAAGAUGCCAAAUUGUACAGAUUUAGACUGAAGAGAUUAUUCAAGAAUGUGCUCCGUGAUCUACAAUCACCUACAUUGCCUGUCAUUCAGGUGGCAUUGGCAUCAUCUAUUGGAUCUUAUAUGGAGCAGGUUAGAAAAGCUCAACUGAGUAUUAAUCUUCCAAAUGUGAGAACUGUUGAUGCCAAAGGGCUACCUUUAGGGAUGGAUUUUGUGCACAUUACAACACUAGCACAAGUCCAGCUUGGUCAAAUGCUGGCUGAUACCUUCCUUCAGACUCAACAGACUACUCAGGCAGUUCUUCUCCCUUUUCAGACAGAGACAGUGACUAGUAAUGCCCCGAUACGUUGCUCAAAUUUUGUUAUGAAUCUUCUACUUAGUCCGUUUAGGUAAUUCAGAGAUCGGAGAUUUAAUCAUGGCAUCGUGGGAUCAAGAUGGAACCCCGUCUAUAUGGUUCAUGGUUGCUUCAAUUCAUGCAAAAAGUAAAAAAACCAGAGAUUGGAACCGUACAAAAUCAACUAGUAGUUAACUAGAGUACAAAGUUUUCAUAGGAGGAUGAUACUCAAACCUCAGAGAAGGCCAGAAGGCAAAGGCAAAGAUUUAUUUUACGUUUCAUAAGCUCAAGUCUUAAUGUAUGUAAACCUCACUUGCACACAUAGUAUAUAAAGAUAUUUAUCAUAUAUUAUUAUAAGUGGGAAGGUUUUGAGUUCA